UCGAAACCACUUCUCGAUGGUGAAACAUGUGUCGACCAAUGUCCAACAGGCAAAAAACAACAUAACAAUACCUGUGUGGAAUUCUGUCCAGCAGUAAGUAAUGACACUUUCCUCCAUAUAUGUACUUAUGUUCAAAUCUUUAUCAAAUGAAACCAGGAGGCACCGUACAAUUUGAACAAUCAAACUUGUGUAUCCGAAGACUAGCACUUUCCGGUUUUGACUGUGUCGAUCGCUGUCCCAAUAAUACAGUUCUUUAUAAUCGAGCAUGUAGAACAAGUUGCGACUUUUCAGAAGCUCCAUUAAUCGACGAUGGAAAGUGUGCAUCCAAAUGUUCUUCUAAAAGACCAUACAUUGUUAUUAGUGGUCAACCCUUCAUACAAACUUGUGUCGAUCAGUGCCCUUCUUAUUGGCCUUAUGUCUAUCAAUCUAUAUGUCGCUCUUCUUGUCCCGAUUACACUUAUCGAUCAGGAAAACUUUGUCUAGACGCCUGUCCUUCCAACUCUGUCAUAUACGGUAGAGAAUGUCUUGAUUCCUGUCCAAAAGGAACCUUUAUAAGCGAUCAGUUGUAUGAUGGUAACGCAAACUGCGUACAUGCGUGCCCUUCUGGAAGAAACAAUGCCACACACUGCAUAGCCAUGGAUAAACCAAAGCCAUCCAAGACACCCCAACCUAGUAUUGAACCAGCAACCAACAACACAAACAGCAGCAAUUGUACUAUUCAAGAUGUUGCAGCCUUGAUUAAUAAUGUUUGUUUGGAAAAGUGCUUUGCUGGUUGUGCUCAAAACUGCUCUUUAUAGAGAAAAGAGAGUUGAUUUCUUGUGAAAAAUUUCGAUUCCUUCUUUGAUUAUAAAAAAAACAUUCUGUAG